AUGGGUAAUUCCGACGCCAGAGAUCGUCUUCCUGCUCCAUCUUCUUCAGACGAACUCUCGAGCAUUCUCCGGCAGGUACUUUCCCAUACUCCUCCGACUGCUCAACCUUCUUUCUCACGGAAGAAAAUCGUUUCCUCCGGUGAGAUGUUCAACCGAACGUUCCCUCUCGUUCACGGCGGAGCGGUUUCUUACGCCGCUUGUGCAGUCUCUGAAACUGAGGAAGGAAAAUGUGCUUUCGAGAACCAGGUAAACUUAACAAUGUUAGUUGCCCUAGACAGCGAAAUUGAUGCACAGUUCCACAACUUGUUUGAAAAGUUAAUAGAAACUGAAAGUAUUGCAGAUAGGAGGAGCAAGAUCAACGAGAAAAUUAAAGCUUUACAGAAACUGAUACCCAAUUCCAACAAGACAGAUAAGGCCUCAAUGUUUGAUGAAACUAUAGAAUAUUUGAAACAGCUUCAACUUCAGUUUUCAACUUUGGGUUUCGGGCAAGCGCACUAA